AUGGGAUUCUGGACACUACUUGAGGUGGCGUCGAUGCCAAUAUUGCAGGUGCUCUUAAUAAGUUCAUUAGGGGCUUUUAUGGCUUCUGAUUACCUCAACCUUCUGCCUGCAGAUGCUCGAAGGUCUUUGAACAAAAUUGUGUUUAUAAUCUUCACUCCUUCACUCAUGUUUGCAAAUCUUGCAAAGACAGUUACACUUGAAGACAUCAUUUCAUGGUGGUUUAUGAUUGUUAACGUUGGCAUAACGUUUCUAGUAGGAGGGAUCCUAGGAUGGAUAGCAGUGAAAUUGUUAAAACCGAAGCCACAUCUAGAAGGCCUCAUUAUCAGCAUGUGUUCAUCAGGAAACCUGGGAAAUAUUAUGUUGAUCAUUGUCCCUGCAAUCUGCGAGCAGGAUGGGAAUCCAUUUGGAGACAAGACCGUUUGCUCUACAGUUGGACUAUCAUAUGUUUCUUUCUCUAUGGCACUUGGUGGCUUAUACAUAUGGACUUACACAUACCACUUAAUCAGAACCUCAGCCGCUAAAUAUAAGCAAAUACUAGCAGACGAGGAGUCCUCAAAGGAACCCAACAAGGAUUUAGAGGGAAAUGAGAAGACUCACCUUCUUAAUGGAACAACUAAACAUGAUAGAGAACCGUCAACUAUUGAAGCUCAGAAGGAAGCACAAUUAUGGAAACAAAUAUUAGGAUUUUUGCAUAAGAUUCUGGAAGAGCUACUAGCUCCUCCAACCAUUGCUGCUAUUUUUGGAUUUAUAUUUGGAGCAGUUACGUGGCUCAGAAACCUCAUUAUUGGUGAAAAUGCUCCACUUCGAGUGAUCGAGGAUACUGUUGAGUUACUUGGGGAUGGAACAAUUCCUUGCAUCACUCUUAUACUGGGAGGCAAUUUAACACAAGGGUUUCGAAAGGCAAGAUUAAAGCCAGUAACCAUAAUUGCAGUAUUAUGCGUGAGAUACAUUCUACUUCCUAUAGCAGGGAUUGGUGUUGUAAAAGCAGCUUCACAUUUAGGAUUUCUUCCAUCAGAUCCUCUUUAUCAUUUCGUGCUCAUGCUUCAAUUCACAGUGCCACCCGCCAUGAAUAUUGGUACCAUGACACAGCUAUUUGAUGUUGCCCAAGAGGAGUGUUCAGUGCUGUUUCUCUGGACAUACCUGGUUGCAGCCGUUGCACUCACUGUCUGGUCAACUGUCUUCAUGUGGAUUUUGUCCUGA